AUGACCACCACCACCACGGUCAACGGGAGCAACCCCGAACCCACGCCCAAACCCAAACAGCUCAUCCUCAAUGCCUUCGUCAUGAACACGCCCGGCCAUCUGAGCCCCGGCCUGUGGACGCACCCUCGAAACAAGACGGCCGACCACACCAAGCUGAAAUUCUGGACCGACCUGGCCCAACUCUUAGACAACGCCGGCUUCCACGCUCUGUUUGUCGCCGAUGUGCUGGGCGGGUACGACGUGUACAAAGGGCCUCAAAACAUCGACCCGGCUCUGGCCUCAGGAGCUCAAUUUCCCGUCACCGACCCUCUCUUCACCGUCCCGUCCAUGGCGGCCGUGACCAAGAACCUCGCGUUUGGAAUCACGGCGAGCACCACCUACGACCAGCCCUACACCCACGCCCGUCGCUUCUCGACCGUCGACCAUUUGGCCGAAGGCCGCGUCGCCUGGAACAUUGUCACCUCUCACCUCGACUCGGCCGCCCGGAAUCUCGGUCUGGACGCGCAGAUCGAACACGACGAGCGCUAUCGAAUCGCCGACGAAUUCAUGGAUGUCGUGUACAAGCUCUGGGAAGGAAGUUUCCAAGACAGCGCAGUCGUGAGGGAUGUUGAGAAGGGUAUCUACAUCGCCCCGGGCACCGUACGCCAGAUCCACCAUCGAGGAAAGUACUAUAAGAGCGUGCCCGGCCCGCAUCUGGUCGACCCGUCGCCGCAAAGAACUCCCUUCCUCUUCCAGGCCGGCAUUUCGAAAUCCGGACGCGAAUUCGGAGCCAAGCACGCCGAGGCCAUCUUUGUCGGAGGCACCAAGCCAGAGAUAGUCAGGCAGUCGGUCGACGCCAUCCGCACGCUGGCCAAAGAAAAGUUUGGCCGGGAUCCCCGCUCCAUCAAGAUCUUGUCUGCCAUCACCCUGGUUGUCGCCGAGACGGAUGAGGCUGCCCAGCGAAAGCACGACGAGCUCCUGUCCUAUGGCAACAAGGAAGGGGCGUUGGCCUUGCUCGGUGGCUGGACGGGUCUGGAUCUCUCCAAGUAUGGCGACGACGACGAUCUCGCUACCGUCGAAGACUCCAAGCUUCAGGGACUCGUUGCUCUGUGGUCCAAGACCGCCGCUCCGGGCACGAAAUGGAACAAGGCCCAAAUCGUCGAUUUCAUCAUCAUGGGAGGGAUGGGUGCCAAGAUCGUCGGCGGUCCCAAGACAGUGGCGGAUGAGUUGGAGCGUUGGGCCGAGGUGGCCGACCUGGACGGAUACAAUAUAGCCCACGUCACGAAUCCCGGCUCCUUUGAAGACAUAAUUGAGUUCCUUCUUCCGGAACUCCAGAAACGUGGUCUAUUCCGCACCAAAGUCGAGAAGGAGGGCGCCACUGCAAGAGAAGCAUAUCUGGGACACGGGCCCUGGCUCCGUGAUGACCACUACGGGAAGAAAUUCCGCUGGCACGCUGGCAAGGAGCCUCCCUCAUAUGACUCGCCAGAGUUUGGUCAGUACACCCCUCUGUCACCAGAGUAG